UUGUACCCAACCUCGUCUCUCAGAGAAAACUUGAUCGUUAAAGUCGUGUAAUCUCAACUUGAGUCGUGUCGUGCUUCAUUUGGGCGUAAACUUUCCAUUAUUCUUUCAAUUUAUAAAUAUUUUCAUUUCCAAGUGGACGAUACGAUUCUCAUUAGAAAUGUCGGACUGUGAAGUGCACUACGCCAACAACAAAGACCUGAAGAAGGAAGACGUUCAGGCCCUCAGGGAUUGGUUGAAACAUCAGCCGCAUUUUCCACCACUUACAGAAUAUCAGGUGAUAAUAUUUCUUCAUAGUUGCUACUACAGCAACGAAACAGCAAAGAAAACUAUAGAUAAUUACUUAACUGUGAGGAAAAUCUGUCCGGAGUUCUUCGCAAAUCGCAAUCCUAGCAAUCCCGACAUCCAGACUGCUAUAGAUCUUUUAACAAUUUCACCUCUACCAAAAUUAACCAAAGACGGAUACUGCGUAAUGUAUUACCGUUUGAUCGAUUCGAAUCCUGACCACUUCAACUUCAACCAUGUCAUCAAAAUGUUCGAUAUGGCCGCAUCCUUAGCUCUGGAAGAAUUCGGAACUGUGAAUGGACACAUCAUUAUUAUAGAUUUACAUGGGUAUACUCUAACACACGUCAUGAAGAUGGGGGUGAUGUCCGUAAAAAAAUACAUGUUCUUUCUACAGGAAGCUUUACCCUUCAGACUAAAAGGUUUGCAUUACGCGAAUGCCGUUCCUUUUAUGGAUAAACUUCUAGCUCUAAUAAAGCCCUUCAUGAAAAAGGAUUUGUUGGACUCGUUACAAGUGCACACUGGGAAUAACGAGACUCUCUUCGAAGUCGUGGAUAAAAGCUGUUUGCCGAAUGAAAUUGGAGGAAGCGUUGGAUCAGUAUUCGAAAUACACAAUGCGUUCAGACAGAAAUUUUUGGAUAAUACAGAAUUUUUUAAGGAAGAAGAAAAAUUGGUGGUGGAUGAAAGCAAAAGACCGGGUAGUCCGAGGAAUGAGGGAGAUAUUUUUGGAGUUGAAGGAACUUUUAAGAAAUUGGAUAUAGAUUAAAGAUUAUUAAUUUGUUUGAUUAAUCUUUUGACACAUAAUUAAGA